AUGCCUUCCCGCGCCAUUGCCAACCUCGCCGUCGCGACCUCCGUGUCCGCCAUAGGCCAUGCACGCACCCAUCGUCUCUCGCUUGCCCCCGCCAACAAGCCCAACACCAACCAGCCGAGCAAGCCGCAGACGUCCUCGUCCUCGCAGAACGCCAUCAAGGGCGCGGCGAGCUCGGCAGGCGCCAAAAGCCACGCGAGCGGUACCACGAGCGUCGAACAAGCGUCCUAG